GUCAGAUUAGGCUUUACGAAUGGAGUCAGAGUCGGAUGUUUCCAAAUAUUCUAUCGGAAUAUGCCUGGCACGAAAGCGCUGCUCAUCAUCCUGCUUUUGCUGCAUGCGUUCCCUCGACUGAAUAGCUACCACUACCGAUCGGCCCAACCGAAUGCCAAGCACUGUCUGUCGAGUUUGUACGGGGAUGCCAGCAUCGAUGCGGCUGCAGGGACUGGCGGUGCUGGAGUCGGAUCAGGAUCUGAAGGCUGUUCGGAUGCAAAGAAAAACAGUUGCACUGGAGGGUUGGGUCGCGGCGAUCCCAAGGCCAAGGCAUCGAACAUUGCCCAGAAAGCUGCCCAGGAGGCAAAGGCUGCCAGCGAUUCUCAGAUGGCAGCUGCUGAAGCGGCUGCAUCGCAGGUCAAAUCCGAACUGGCCGCCAAGGCAGCCCAAUCUGCACGGGCGGCGGAGGCAGCACUGGCUGGAAAACAACAGAUUGUGGAACAGCUACAACAGGAGAUGACCGAGGCGGAAGCGGUGGUUAAUGAGGUGACCUCCUCGCUGCAGAACACUCAGGCGAAUGCCAAUGCUGCUGCAUCGGCUGCCCACGAGGCCCAGGCUCAGUUGAAUCAACUCAAGAAUCUAGUUUCCGCUGCCACUUCAAAUCUGGCAAAUAUCGAGAAUGUGGCCAGUGGGGCCCAGCUGGAACUGGCGGAGAAGACGCAGCUUUUGGAGGCCGCUAGAUAUCGUGUGGAGAAUCUCGUCCGCCAGAUGUCCGAAGCCAAGGCGGACUUCGAGAAGACCAAACAAGCGGCCUACAAGGCUGCUUGCGCAGCAGUGGAAGCCAAACAGAAAGCUCAAAGAAGUCGGCGUAUGAUCAACCACCAGCAGAUGCGUUGGGGUCCCAGGAAAUUGGCUGGAAAGUUCUCCGGCGGGGCAGCUAAGAUGUAGCAUCAAACUUUGGGAUAAGUCGUUCUUUUGUAUAUUUUGUUAUGGUUGGCUUUUAUUUUAAUUAGUUUUUCUAUUAUAUUUUUCUGUUUCU